GAAAAAAAAUCUUUAAUGAAAUGAUAAAAACAAUGGUAGUUAUUCAAUUCAUCACUUUUUGCGCUCCCUGAAAGAAAACUAAAAUCUAGAAUCUAGAUCUAGAUCUAGAUCUAGAUCUAGAUCUAGAUCACGAGAGAGAAAUCUUCAGGUCAUACCGCUACUGUGAUCAAGGUCAGAUUUGUUUCUGUGGCAGGAUAUUUGAGAUCAGUUUUCCAAAGUCGAGACACACCGGAGAAAUGCUUUUGAAGACUGAAUUAUUUGACAUCAGACACGGGUUUCUAAUACCACUAAAGAAGACACUAAAAAGCAACAGACGACAAGACCAGGGAUAUCUACGUCUUUCCACUUUUUGGAGUUGUGAAAACUCAUGAAUGCAUUUUUAGCUUAUAAAUUCUACGACAUCACUGCUUCUUCUAAAAUACUCUGGUCUCAAAAACAACGUCCGACCCUUUGGACAUCAGUUGUUAAGGUAAAGGUACAAUAAGAAACCCAUAAAAACCAGACGAAAAACAGACUUUGUGGUCACCUACUUCAUUGAGCCAAUAUUACUAGAACGCUCUACGCUAGGAUCUAAGCGUGACGAAAAUGCAGUCUCGCCUAGGAAGAACCUCGACAAAGUACUUCCACCUUCUCUCAGCCCUCCUCCCUUGCCUACUCUUCCUUGCCCCAGUUUGUCAUGUGACUCACGCCAAAGCUAUCCCAGCGUACCCUCAGCUGAGAACACCGGUAACAAACAGGAGCCAAAAUGAAGUCAUCAAAUCUAACCUCUCCCCCGGAAGCGAAAGUGACUACAUUGUCUGGUCUCCCGACUAUGAAUCUUUAGUGGAAGCGUUCAAGGCCAAGAUUUUGAGUAAACUCGGAUUCGGCAAUAGUUAUCUGAAAAACUCAGGUAUUAGCAAGAUGCACAAAAUGUCCACUGGAGCAAAGCGAGAGAAGAUUAAAGAGUUUAUGAGACGGCUGAGACAAAAGCAAGGGGAGUCGGUGGGGACAGAGUCAGAAGUCAAGCCAGCAGACGAACAGGAAAAGAAAACGAUGAAAACAACGCUGUAUUACAGUAAGGAUCCAUCAACUCAAAUCUCAUUGUCUUCUAGUUCCGAAAUAGCACCGCUCAGAAUCCUCACUUUUCAAACUAAUCUCAAACACCCAGCUAAACCUUUCCACGAACUGUUCAUCACAUCUGCCACCUUGCACAUUCGCCUGCGUCAACGAAAAUGGCGUCUACAACAGCACGGCCAGACCUCUCUGACGUCUCAGCUGCGCGUGAACAUUUAUUGGCUCAACAACAGUGAAAGUGGCAUCCGUGCCGUAGAGGGUGACCCUGGGACCCUGUUGAAAUCAUUUAUCUUCCAGGACACGAACGAGCAGAAUGUAUCUUUAGACGUGACGUCUCUGCUGUCUCUAAGCAUUCCAGACUUUGAAGGCAACCAUCGAACAACUAACAUCGGACUGACAAUACAGGAGGUUAACACAGCUCCACAUGGCUCCUCUGAGACAGUUGAUAUGUUCGCAGAACAUAGCUCCGGGAACCAUCAACAGACACCAAGAGCAGCGUCUUCCAGUGAUAAUGAAAGCAAAUUUUCAAACUCUGAAAAGGACACCAUGAAUUCUGAUAAGGCUUGUGUUUUUCAACAUCUUAUUCCUGGUCAUGAGACGCCAAGUCCUGGACCAGUCUCUCAAGAAAUAUUUUGGACACAGAUGAGCAAAACUCUGAUUCCAGGACGCUCUGAUCAACAACAACAACAACCACAGCGGAAACAGCAGUACGAUUUAGGACAACAGUCCCACAGAAUAGACGUUGAUGCAUCACUGGAAGUGACACAUGGAUUUCGCGACCUGAGACAGCCAUCCCGGGAACGCCGCAGUGCUCCCAGCGAUGAGUGCAGUGACAAGCUGUGCUGUCGUCACACCAUCUACAUCUCCUUCACGGACAUCGGUUGGGACGACUGGGUCGUAUCACCCGAGGGGUUCCACGCCUUCUUUUGCCAAGGGGACUGCCCAGCAAAAUACAAGCCAGCGACUACAUUCUCCCAGAUCAAGGGCGAUCUUCACGCUAAUAACCCUGGUUUCAUCCCAGCACCCGUCUGUGCUGCGACCGGGUACAAUCCUUUAGCUUUGCUUUACAAAAACCCAGACGAUGAGCUGGAAUCUUCCGAACAAGAGGACAUGAUAGUCACGGGCUGUCGUUGCAGGUAGGGUUAAGGGGGGGGGGGAUGUGCGUCCCCACACUUUACACUACAGCUUUACGCUUGUGUGGAACCAGACUCGGGAUGCGUACAUUUGCAACAGGUAGUGCAAAUCCCACAAGAAACAGACGACCCACGACUUCGUGCGUUUAUUAUAAUCAGAGCAAAGCACAUAUUCAAGGCAUGGUAACUGUGCAAUAUACAAGUAAUCGUUGAUAUGUAAUGACAAGCAACUAGAAUCAUACAACUACUAAGUUUGUUAAUAUUAAUAAUACUAUGCAUCAUUAUUUAUAAUGGGAUUAAAUUACAACAACGGGUUCUACGGGAACUGUGACCAUGCAAUAAUAUUGAAAUACUAUUUUAUGACCAUCAUUGUUACAUUGCGUUUCUUUCAAUCCUCUCUCUCCUCUUUAAAAAAAUCGCCCGCUCAAAGUCCAUUUCCUUAGGCGAUCUUAGUGGAGACAGAACCACUAUCGCACUGCCGAACGGGUAUGUCACUAUAAGUUAAAUUUUAUGUCCACAUUCCGAAAAUAAGCUAAACGUGUGGGGGGGGGGGGGGGGGGGGGGUUCUGAAUGAGUCACAGCGACCCAGUACCGGCCUCAUAUUUGUUGGAAACCCGAACUAGUAAUCAACAUGAUUCAUAUUAUGGAGGGCAAAAGUUUACAUUUCCUGCCACAUGAAGGCGACGGUAUGAUAUGGAAUUGUUGUUCCGAUUUGUCAUGAACGUUUCAUGACUUAUUCUUUAGACUAGUUAGAACUGUUACAUCAUUAGAUUAUUGCCUGGUCUCUUUAAUUUGACAACUCCGUAUUGAUUCUACAUAUCUUUUGAACUUUUUUCUGUGUUUAAAGUUAAAGUAUUUCAAAUAAAAGUUUUGAUGAUUAAAAAAUGUAUUAGAACAUUUCUGGUGUUUGUCAUCUGAUCGUAUCCAAUAUUUUUCCUUCUGUUUAGUUUGACAAAGUGUUGCCGUUAUUUUUUAAGCCUUUCAAAAACACGGAAUGGAAAUAUUCAAAAUGUUGAUUGACCCUUGUUUCUGUUUAUUCCAUUACUAUAAAUGUGUUAUUAACAACAGAACGGCAAAUAUGCCUAUGUUGAUUAUAAAAUAACCACUCCUUCCCUUCCUUAAUUUGGGAACAUCGUCGCAGUCCUAUUGACUGAGUCAACAGAAAACAUGCAUUCAGGAUUUGUUUUCAUUCACAUUUUAGUAAUACCACUUUGAAUAAGAGGUUUUGUUAAUUAUGUUCUCGCUCUUUGUUUGGGAACCUUUCGUGUGUGGCCGUAUCUCAGUAUCUGGUUCUUUGUCCCACUUUGAAUACCCUGUCAAACGAGUCAGCCUUGCCCCUGUAGAUGAUCUAAGAAUUGUUUUGACUUUACUGUCGAUCCGACUUUUUCAAAUAAGCCAUUUUCGUCUCUGCAGCAGAUUACUACCUAAAAGUGUUAUAUAAAGAGGAAUUACACGUAAGCGCUGUAACAUUAAAUUUUUCUAUUGCGUUUGA